AUGGAAACCGCACCUCCACAACGACGACAAAAUACCGGAAAUGCAACAAACAUGUUUCAAAUAACACUAACGUGUCUCAUUUCUGAUAACGUCAAAUGUAAUAAAGUCCAACGCGCAUUCAAUCUUGCGGGCGAGAUAUUGACCGGAUCAUUGAUUUUAAACACACCGGUUACCGUCAACGCGACAUUUACUGAUUUCUGUCAAAGCUUUAAUGAUUGUCCUACGAACGGGUUCUUGACACUCGGUGGUGCCGCUCCCGCCCGUACCCUUCCGCUCAAGGACGACGAUGGCAAAACUCGCUUUUUCCCUCAAGCUCUAGUGAAACAGAUGAACCCGCAAAGCCGUCCACAGUUCUCCUCAUUUGAUAUCUUGGCCAUGUUCAAUUCAGUUGCUAAUUUCUGGUUUGAAGACGACAAUACUCCAAUAAGACAGGAUCAAUCUGAUUUUACUUUUGUCAUUUUGCACGAGCUGGUUCAUGGACUCGGAUUCACAUCAUCAUGGGAUGACUACAUUAAUCAAGUACCACAAGCAUUAACACCGGAUGUGACGCCAACUGGUGCAUCUGGUGGAUCGGGUGCAUCAUUUCAGUUUUCGGAAUUUGCAUUUGACAAGUACAUGGUCAUCAUGUCUACAGGACAGAAAAUGUCGGAUAUCACAGCACAAUUAAAUGCCUUUUCUACUGGUGCCGGGGCACAAAUUCGGGAUAUUAAUGCUUUUGCGAACGCGUUUGCUAGGAGUCCGCAAUAUCAAAUUGCAAAAAAUACAUUCAACUUCGCUAUCACCAAAGGUGCUAUGGGCUUUCUUCCACAGGGAGAGACCGACUUGAAUAAUGCCGUUCUCUUGGAAACUAGUUUGAAUCCUUAUCAACAAGGAUCAAGUAUAAGCCAUGUAGACUUUGCCACAUUUACAAAGAAAAGUGAUUUCUUGAUGAGGUUCUUGGCCGAUAGAGGAGUUUCUCUUGGUGAUGCUAUUGUACAAAACGGAAACUUUAGCGGUGGAGCUGUUGGUCCGAAAUUGCUUAGAGUUUUGGAAAGUCUUGGUUAUGCGACUCAAGCGAAUCCAAACCCAAUCAGACCAGCUACGAGUACUACUUCUUCAUCAGCUUCGUCCGUAAUAUUGUAUCACUCCGUUUUUAAUAGUGUGCUUUUGGUAGCGGGCAUGUUCUUUGCUAUUGUCAUGGGUCAAAAAUAA